AAUGCAAGUCAAACCGAUAAACGCGGAUAAAAUUGGUGGGAAAAGUGUGUGGCAGGAUUUUUGGUAGUUGAAGCAGUUGAAAUGUGAUUCUAGCCGUCGCGUUGUUUCAUCUUCGUUCGAAAGGCAAUGAUACGCAAAAAGACAACUGCUAAUGUUGCCUUCAAGGAAGAGAAGCUGCUGCUUCGCUGUGAAUGGGACCAGUGCGACUUCUCGUGCGACGACAGCCCUGUAUAUUACCAGCACGUAAGGAAGCACUUGGAUGAUGACCUGACUUUUGUGGAAACAAACAUGUGUCCUUGGAGGGACUGCGCUGAGGCGCUGAGUAAUACCUCCGAGUUACGCACGCACGUGUUUUAUCAUGCUUUUCAUUGUAAGAUUAAAUGUUACGGCCAGAACCUCUUGGACAGACAAAAUGCGCAAACUAUGCGCUGCCUAAUGGACAAGGGCUCUCGUAACAUCAUUUCCGAAACUCCCGACAAGUACCAGUGCCAAUGGACAGGUUGCGAUGACUGCUUCGAAAAUCCUGAAGCAUUCUACAUGCACGUCAGUUGUCACGCAGAAGAGUCAUGCGGCGGGGCGCGGUCGUCGUCGAAGCUGCCCUGCGCUUGCGGUUGGGGUUCCUGUGAGGCUACCUUUGCUACGAUGUACAAAUUGAGGGAGCACGUUCGUACGCACACGCAGGAGAAAAGGUUGGCAUGCCCGAACUGCGGCGGCGUGUUCUCGUCGCGCACGAAACUGCUGGACCACUUUGCGCGCCAGGACGAGCGAUCUAGCCACAGUUGUAUCUACUGCAGUCGCAGCUUCAGUUCAGAGCGCCUUCUGCGUGACCACAUGCGGCUUCACGUGAACCAGUACAAAUGCCCGCUGUGCGACAUGACGUGCCCGACGCCUUCGGCGGUCAAGGGCCAUAUGCAGUGGCGUCAUUCGUCCCUGCGGCCUUACGCUUGCGACCUGUGCGACUACGCUGCAAAGCAACCGUGCGACUUGAGAAAGCACCUGCUGACGCAUUCAAACAAGGGCUAUGCGUGUCCGUACGAUGGUUGCGAUUUCGCCGAGCGUAGCAGCCACUUUCUGCGUAACCACAUACGUGAUGAACACCUCAAGUGCCCUAAGGGCAUCUACAUGUGUCAUAUCUGCCAGAAGCAGUACUCCAAGGGAAACUCGCUGUCACGGCAUCUGGUCUCCCAGCACCGCUUCAAGUGGCCAUCGGGUCACACGCGCUUCAAUUACUUCUGCAACAAGGACAACAUUUUCACAGUGCAGACAGUUCGUUAUGAGAGCCUUGACCUUGCUGCAGCCAGUGCAGCCAUUCCAGAAGAAAUGAAUACCGACACAGCAAGCACUCUAUCUGAGCCUCAAGUUCUUACCACUGCAGUGACUGACGAAGCAUCAGAGCAACCAGUGAAGUUGGUACAAAUUGUCCAGACAAACGAAGAUGGUUCGACAGUUGUGCAGGUGGCUCAGGUGUUGGCUGAGCAGCCCUUUGAACUUCCACAAAGCAUACAAGCACACCCCACGAGCGAACUCAGUGAAGAGAGUUCUGCUGGCUCAGAUGUGCACAUAUAAGCAAUUGCACUUUCAACGGGUCCUGGGGACAAGCAUUUCCAAGGGGCACACUUAACUUUGAAUGUUUACAUGUGUACUGAAGUUGCAAAUUGACACUGUUGUGCUUCCAGCAGUGAUAUAGGUUCCUUGGCUCCUUUGGCAGCAAAUGUGGCACCAACAUAUAUGGUUGACAGUGGUAGAAGCAAAACGGGCUUGGUAUUUAUUAAAUGGUUCCUGAAA